GCCCAGGUCCUACACAGCAAUUUCAGUCACACGAUAACAAUGCCUGAGCCUGCACCCAAACCCGCGCCCAAGAAGGGCUCAAAGAAAGCCGUCUCUAAAACCGCCGUUAAGGGAGGGAAGAAGCGCCGUAAGACCAGGAAGGAGAGCUAUGCCAUCUACGUGUACAAGGUGCUGAAGCAGGUCCACCCCGACACUGGCAUCUCCGCCAAGGCGAUGGGAAUCAUGAACUCCUUCGUCAACGACAUCUUUGAGCGUAUCGCCGGUGAGGCCUCUCGUCUGGCCCACUACAACAAGCGCUCCACCAUCACUUCCAGGGAGAUCCAGACCGCCGUCCGCCUGCUUCUCCCCGGUGAGCUGGCCAAGCACGCCGUGUCUGAGGGCACCAAGGCUGUGACCAAGUACACCAGCUCCAAGUAGACACGAUUGUUUACAAACCAAACCCAAAGGUCCUUUUAAGGACCAACCAAAUGCUU